UUAAAUUCUGGAAGAGAAAAAGGCAGGCUGCUCCUGAAACGACAGGGGAACCUGAUAAAAUCAGUGACAGCAGCACAGGUAAGGAAUGUGGUGAAAGCUCCCAUCAGGUAAAAAACACCACUGAAAAGAUCCCAGCAGACCUGAGUUGGGACACUUUGAUUAUGGAGCUUCUGGACCAAGAGAGUGGAUGGGAGCAUGUGUUUAACAGUGGAGUCUGCGGUGGAAAAACAAUAGAAAAUCAAACUGAGACUACAGACUGCUUCGGGUUUCCAAACAUCGGAAACACCUGCUACAUGAACUCCUGCCUGCAGAGCCUCCUCAACAUUGAGGAGUUCAUUAGAGACAUCAGCCGUCAGGAGGUUUUGUGGAGCGCAGUCCCAGAAGCUCAGCUCUUAAGAAGGCUCACUGACAUCAGGGACUGUCAUGAGUCAACAGAUUAUGGCCUUAAAGAUCACCACCUGAGAUCUUUUAAGAAGGCAUUCAGCAGUCAAGCUCCUGAAUACACAGGCAGUGCACAGAAAGAUGCUCAUGAAUUCCUAACAUUGUUCCUCAAUGAGGUCAAAAGGCUCUCCCCUCACCUGAAGAGGAACGCAGCUCUCCUGGGCCAAAAUUAUACCUGCCCAGUAGAAGACCAUCACGUUUUCAAAAUGGAAAACAUGAGGACAUGCAAGGGCUGCGGUCACCAAUCAUCACAGCAAGAGGAAUUCACCAGCUUGUCUCUUGACCUGGUUCCAGAGGGGUCUGUUGAGGACAUGUUAGAGACAUACUUGAAGGAACAAGAAAUAGAAUUUCGCUGUGAUUGUGGAGGGACGACCUCAGAACUGAAGUCGUCUUUUGAUACACUGCCAAGAGUUCUCAUCUUGCACCUGAAGAGGUUUGGCUUUACACAAACCUACCAGAUUCAGAAGGUGGAUGACCCCGUCAGGCUGCAGAGGGACUUGGUGGUGCCAUCCAAUCAGGGUGGUGGCUGUUACAGUCUUGUCAGCAUCAUCAGUCAUUAUGGAGGCACAGAAUCAGGACACUACAUCUGUAAUUCUGUCCAUCCUGAGGAGAGUCCAUACUCUACAUCAGAUAAUUGGCUCACCUAUAAUGACGCACAGGUGCUCCACACAACUGGAUCUGCAGCUUGUGAAGAACAGCAGAACUCGGCCUACAUCCUGUUUUACAAGAGAAACUUCUGAAGCAGGAUAUGGAAGGAAGUUAAGGUCAUCAUCAUGCAUCAUCCCAGCCCACCAUCGCAGACUGCAGGUAAGUAUUGGCCUUAGGAGGAAGGGUCCUCCCAGAGAGCCUGGUUCCUCCCAAGAUUUCUUCCUCCAGGAGGAGUUUUUCUUGCCACCGUCGCCCCACAUUCACUGGUCUCAUCAGCAGAGACAUUUUUAACCUCCUAAGACCUGAACUCUAUCAUGGCAUGCAUUUUUAAUUUCUCUGUGCCAUUUGGGUUGAUUGGGACCUGAUGAAUGCUUCUCAAAACAUGAGAUCCACAUAUGAGGACAUUCAUUUUAAAUUUCGAUUGAACAGUGGCAGUGUAAUGUCCUCAUAAACAGAUAUCAGGUCUUUGUAGAGCAAAAUGUUGUAUUUUGGUCUCGACAACCCAAAAUGCGAUGUCCACAUAUGUGGACACCAGGUCCUAGGAGGUUAAAAGAAACUCUACUAGUAGUGCACCACUACUAGAGACAGUCCUUUUGUGGACCAGUGUUUGGCUUGCUCUCUGGGAACAACAAAAAAUUAAACAAAUAAAUUAAUAAUAAAAUCAGU